AUGUCAUCAAGUCGAUCGAGUUUUCUGGAAUUGAUUGGCCUGAAGAAGAAGAAAAAAGAACGUGAAGUGUGCGUUAAGCACCGAGAACUACCUCCAGCCAGAACGUCUAUCAAAAAACGGAAGCGAAAAAUCAGCGAAAGUGACUCAAUACAAUCGUCCGGAGAACAAAAUCAGAAAAUUGAGAAACGACAACCACCAUCUUCAUAUAGCAGUAAAACGUCAAUAUCGAUCCAACACUAUGAUCAACAGCCAAUGCAACACCGGCCGAUUGAACAACACAAAAAGCUAUCGCUCUUACAAACCCCGAAGCAAUACAAACCAAUGCGACACAGUCGAACAUCGCCUCGUUGUUUCGAUGAAAGUGAUGACGAUGAGGAUGAGAAUCGCUCAGUUUCACGAUCGCGAUCCCCCGCCAAACCAAAAACUCCAUUCCUCGAACCUGAUGGAAUCCCUUCAAAAUCGAUGCCAUCUAAACGCCCAACUCGAGCGAUUGUCACUGACGGAACGCCUCAUAGCUGGACCGUCGACUGUGAUGAGCACUGUCGAGGAAAAAUUACGGCAUUUCGAGGAAGAUCUGCAAAUUGCAAAAUCAGAGGCUUUGAGAAACCAGCAAGCGGCGAUCAAUUCGUCGUUGCGAGAACAAACUGCAUACCAGUCUUGUUUGGAACAGGUGGAACGCUUGCAGCGAGAGAAUUUCUCACUUCUACAGCUCCGAGCAUCUGGUUAGUGCCGCAGAAACUUCAUUUAAGAAAUGCUCCUUUCCUUGUUUCCAUCGUUGCAGAUUCGUAA